AUGAUGAAAAUCGAUGGUGAAGGAUGGGACGGCGAUGAAGUGAAGAAAUGGGUAGGUGCUGAGGAAAUUCCCUCGGACAGACGGAGAAGGAUUGGUGGUGAAAAAUUGGUGGGACUGGAUAGAGUUACGGCUCCAUUUGGUGCGCUCAACAACAAAUCGGAAUUCAAUGAAGAUAGUGGCGGCGGCGGUGGUGGUUCUUCCGAUGGAUCUGAAGAUAGGUUUUGUGGUGGCUCUCUCAUUCAGAUCUCUGAUUUCUUUCCCAGUUUUUUCUGGUUCUUUCCACCCUGUGGCUGGGGUUCUAGUUUGGUUUCUGGAUUUAACUAUAACCUUUUGGCCAUACUGUCGAACGGUUUCAUGAUGGAGAAGUGGCGGAGUAUUCAACUUUCUAAGGAGGAAGAAGAAGGGGUGGUGGUGGCGGAGGAGGAAGUAGGUGAAGAGGAAUUGUUUCAGAGAACACUUGCGGGAAAGCUGUGGACCGAUAGUAGCUUUAACGUCAGAGCUUUCAAAAGCACCAUGAUUAGCGCUUGGAAGCUCAAAAACCAGGUUGAGACUCAAGAUCUGGGAAAGAAUCUGUUCCUAUUCAAGUUUGCAACAAAAAGGGACUUGGAUUUUGUGAUUAAAAAUGGGCCAUGGAGUUUUGAUAGAUUGCUCCUUGUGUUGAAUCGUAUCUCCGGAGAGGAAAAACCAUCUGACAUCAACAUGCAUUUCGCAUCCUUCUGGGUCCGAAUCUAUGAGCUACCCCUGAAGCUUCGCUCUGAAGCUAUGGCGAAGAAGAUUGGAAGUACAUUAGGCAACUUUGAAGAAAUGGACCUACGUGAAGUUUGCCGGAAUGGGAGGUUUCUGCGAAUCAAAGUAAUCCUGGACCUGAAGCUGCCACUAAAGGGAGAAACAGUUAUCAAGUUCAAGGAGAAGAACUUGAGAGUCCACUUCAAAUACGAGCGUCUCCCCAUUUUCUGUUUUGUGUGUGGCAGACUAGGGCAUCAAAUGAAGGACUGCGAGGCAGUGGAGGAUCUCUCAGAGGAAGGCUGUGAGGAACUGGAAGAGAAAGAUCUCUCAUAUGGUCAGUGGCUUCGAGCUUCACCACUACCAAAGAUGGGAGAGGAACAGAAGAAACGUGAUUCAAGUUCAGGUACUUGCAGCAAAAGCUUAUUUAAUGUAUCCUCAGGUCAGAGCAGAUGCGAGCAAAAAAUACAAGGAACGGGAGAAGAGCCUGAGGUGCAGCAAGCAAAGACUACAGGGGAAAAUCCAGUGGAGAUAGGGGGAAGUAAGAAUCCAGAAAUGGAUAAACAAAAGACGCUGGAGAUAGAAAGGGUAGCAGAAUCCUUUGGAGCGGUUGCCUUCUCGAUCAAGGAGACUGGAGAAGAGAUGGGGUUGAAAAAUCUUCAAAACACGAGGAAGAACUUACGGAAGUGGGGAGAAGAAAAGGAAACAGGUUUCAAAUGUAGAAGUUCCAAAUUCACAGCUACCAGAGGUGGCGUUGGAGAACCAACACCUCCUAUCCCAAUGAAGGCUAUCAGUUGGAACUGCAGGGGUUUGGGGCACCGCCGUGCAGUUCGGGCCUUAAUGAGGCUCAUUCGUCUUGAAAAACCCCAUCUAGUUUUCCUAAUGGAAACUAGACUAAAGAGUGAUGAGAUGCAAAGGAUUGGAUCAAAAGUUGGUUUUAACAAUAUUUUUUCCAUUGACUGUAGAGGUUCGGGAAGGGGCAGAGUUGGUGGUUUAUGUUUGCUAUGGGUCGAGGAGCUCAAUAUCCAGAUAGUCUCACAUUCUCCAAAUCACAUUGGGGGUUUGUGUCGCGAAGGAGAGGAAGACAAUCCAUGGGCUUUGGUGGGUAUUUAUGGCUUCCCGGAAGAACAUCUGAAAAGACAUACUUGGCAGUUGGUGCAAAAGGUGUGCAACGACCUGGGAGAAUUGCUGAUUAUGUUUGGUGACUUUAAUGACAUUCUUCUUGACAUUGAGAAGGUGGGGGAAAAUUGCAGAACUCUAUCUCAAUUAUCUUGGGGAAGGAAAGCAAUUGAACAAAGUGGUUUAACGGACGUUGGUUUUAUGGGGUAUCCUUUCACUUGGUCUAAUGGAAGACAAGGGGAAGAAAACAUCCAAUGCAGACUCGACAGAAGUUUUGUAUCGCAGUCCUUCAAGGAACAAUUUCCUAACACGAAGGUGACUCAUCUUCCUCGUCAUGGAUCGGAUCAUGCGGCUCUCCACAUCUCUAUUGAGAAGGAAGGGGAUAGGGAAGAGAGAUUCUAUUUAUUUCGUUUUGAAGAGGUUUGGUCUAAGGACCCUCGUUGUGAGGAUUUGGUCAAGCAGAUUUGGAGGUGUGGUGACAAUACCUUUACUCACAAGACAAAAGGGAUGCAGGAACUAUCCACUCUGCUCAAGGAAUACAGGUCUGGGAGUGUGGCAAAGGAGAUACGAAGGUUAGAGUACCUAUUGAAGGAGAAAAAAAGAUGGGCAGCAGACCCGAAGGAGAUUCAGAACUUCAAAAAUCUUGAGAAACAGAGGGGGAAGUUGUUGGGCAUUGAGGAAACGAUUUGGAGGCAAAGAAGUAGAGCUAUGUGGUUGAAGGACGGAGAUCGCAACACAAAAUUCUUCCAUAGCAAAGCAAAUCAAAGAAGGAAAACAAAUGCAAUCAAGAGGCUUAAAGAUAGAAACGUUAAUUGGUUUUCAGGUUCUAGACAUUGUGAACGUAUUCUUGUCGACUAUUUUUUGGAGAUCUUCAAAUCCUCUAAUCCUAAAGGUAUUGAUGAGGUCUGCAGCUUUGUUAAUGCAAAGAUUUCUGAAAAUUUCUUUUAUGUUUGUGCCUCUCCUUUCUCUGAACUCGAUGUCAGGGAAGUUAUAUUUCAGAUGCACCCAACAAAAUCCCCAGGCUCUAAUGGGCUGCCAGCUCUUUUUUUCCAAAAGUAUUGGAAUAUUGUUGGAAGUGAUGUCACUGCUGUUGCCUUAGAUAUUCUUAACAACCAAAGGGACCCUUCCGCCAUAAAUUAA